CUGAAGCGAGUUGUAAUAAUAAGAACCUGCUAAAUAUUGUUCGUGGAGAUAUUAAGAUUUUUGAAUUUAUCAGCUUAGCAGUCAAAGAAAAGUGCCAGAAAUAUGACUAAAUUGUUACUUAUUGUAGGAGCUUUCAUUAUUGGAUUGAAUUAUUGUCAGAUUGUAUCGUCAACGCCUCGCACUAUCACACUUCUUGAUAACAGUGGGGUAGAAGUAGAUGUACUUGGCGCCCAUCCGGCCCAUUUUGGAGAACUAUUUGGACAAGAUGUUGCUUUUGAGGGCACUCUCGUUGCCACUGACCCUGCAGAGGCAUGCUAUCCUUUAAACAAUCCUGGCGACAUAGCGGGUAAAAUAGCAAUCGUCUUGAGAGGCACGUGUAGUUUCAACAACAAGGCCUACCAUGCUGAGCGUGCUGGUGCCAUUGGAAUGAUUCUGAUGGAUAACCAAGCACAAACAGCUACCAGCAUGCUCCUAGUACGUGAUAAUUGUCUUACGGAAUCAGAUGUCACAAUUCCGGUUGUUUUCCUCUUCAUCGGCGAAGCAACGACGUUGAACAAUUAUAUGACAACAUAUCCCGAUCUCAAAGGCAGAAUUGCAUCAGCGGGUAAUCCCAUUGGAUCAAGUUGCCAGCAGGGGGGUGAUCCUAGUGGCUGUAGAGGAUACCCUGUGGCAGUUGCAGGGUGUUCGGGUAAUUCCUGUGCCUGUAAUAGUCCUUGGUUUGUCUCAGCGACAAAUGGCUGUGAGAGAGAUCCCUCGGUUUCCUUGGCUUCGUUUGAUUCAUAUGACGCCACCUCUUGCUCGAUCGUACCGAUUGGUGGAACGUGCGCACCUUCGAGCCAGAGAUGUAAUGGAUUCCCCAGUUCGCAAUGCAUCAACGGAACGUGUGUAGCCGAACUGGGAAGGGCCGUUACAUUAAUAGACGGCAACAACACAAUUGGUGAGUUUGGUGCUCAUCCAGCUGCUUUUGGAGAAUACUUUGGAGAAGACGUUUCGUUCCAGUCAGAGUUAGUAUUCUCUGACCCUGCUGAAGGAUGUGGUCCACUGAAUAAUACUAUUGACGUAGUCGGCAAAACAGUUGCAAUAUACAGGGGUUCAUGCGGCUUCAAUUGGAAGGCCUACUUUGCACAAUUAGCAGGUGCUUCUGGUGUCAUUAUAAUAGACACAACAGCACCAGUUGACAGGCCCUCUUUUCUAACAAUGAGCCCGGAUAACUGCCUGACAGAGUCAGAUGUUACGAUCCCUGUAGUGAUGAUACUCCAAGAAGAUGGCGUAGCCUUGGUUAACCACUUUGAGACAUAUCCCAAUAUCCAAGCAAAGCUUUCGUCAAAAACAACAACGCCACUGGGCUCAGGGCCGUGUGGGUCAGCCUAUGGUGAUGGAAUGAACUGUCCUGGUUAUCCAGUAGCAAGUGUUUGUUCUGGCUCGGGCAUGUGUUCUUGUAACGCACCUUGGUUCGUUCAGUCCUCAACAGGUUGUGCAAGAGAUCCAGCACAUGACAUGGCGACAUCUGGUAACUAUGACCCGUCACUGUGUGUGGUUAUCCCGAUAGGGGACGCUUGCGCCGUGAGCGGGCAAAAAUGUGAGAGCUUCCCAAUGAUACAAUGUAUCGAUGGCAUAUGUCAAGCGCCACCAACAGUGUCAACAGCUCCGGAGCUGAGUAGGAUCGUUGCUCUUGCAAUUGGUGACAACAUUAUCCGUGAGUUUGAUGCUUACCCAGCUGUUUUUGGAGAAUACUUUGGAGAAGACCUUUCGUUCCAAUCUGAGUUGGUAUUUUCUGACCCGCCCAAUGGAUGCGUUUCACUGAAUAAUGCCGAAGAUGUGAUCAAUAAAGUAGUUGCAAUAUACAGCGGUUCAUGUGGAUUCCAUUUGAAGGCCUAUUUUGCACAGUUGGCCGGCGCUUCUGGUAGCAUUAUUCUAGAUACGACAGCACCAGUAGACAGGCCAAGUAAUUUUACAAUGGACUGGGAUGACUGCCUGGCAGAGUCUGACGUCACAAUUCCUGUAGUGAUGAUACAUCAAGAAGACGGCGUAGUCUUGGCUAACCAGUUUGAGUCAUUUCCCAAUAUCCAAGCAAAACUUUCAUCAACAAAAUUCACAGGAACAACUCCACUGGGCUCAGGGCCGUGUGGGUCAAACCAUGGCAAUGGCAUGAACUGUACUGGUUACCCAGUAGCUAGUGUUUGUUCUGGGACAGACACGUGUACCUGCAACGCACCUUGGUUUGUGGCGUCGGGAACAGGCUGUGUAAGAGAUCCAGCAUACGACAUGGCGACAUCUGGUAACUAUGACCCGUCACAAUGUGCGGUUGUUCCGAUAGGGGACGCUUGUGGCAAUAGUGGACAGAUAUGUGAGCGAUUCCCAAAAGUACAAUGCAUCGAGGGCAUGUGUCAAAAACAUAAAAACAAAGGACAAAGAGAAAUAAAAUACCACAAACUCAGCGACAAAGACUCCACUGAAUAUUGUAUAUCAAGUGGCAAGAAGACAAUCACGUCAUGUGCCGAGGCAUGCGCCACUGGCAGCUUUUGUUUUGGAUUUUCCUUUUCAAGGAUUGAAAAGUCCUGUAAACUAUGCAUAACUGAUGGCAGCGAUUUAAGUGUUUUUGUCGAUGCUGCUGGGAUUAAUUUCUAUAUCAUGUAAGAAAGUAAUGAUUAUUGGACAUCGUGUGUAUUCUUACGUUAUCCUCGUGAAGGACCGUGCGAUACCUCAACGUCUGUGUACCUAACACGACAGCUAGUUUGAAUUAUUCGAGUGCCGAGAUGAAGGGUUCAAAAAUAAUCAAGGCAAACGACGAGGCAAACUUAAGCUAAAGAGUAAAGACUAUAUAAUAUACACUUUCAUGAUUUUAGUCCAUAAGUCGUCUUUAAAAUAUUUGCCCCGAUGCUAGUCUUCGCUUCUAUUGUCUGUUUAAAAUUUCUGGAUGACCGUGGAUAUCUACACACGAUGCUGUUCAGGUACACAGAAGAGUCUUAGUUUUUCUGUUAAAGAUGGACACACCUGGUAAUCAAUAUAUCAUGUCAAUUGAUGAUGGUGCACACUAACAAUUAAUCCAUAAUAUUAUUAAAUCACUGAAAUAUCAUGAUUUCAGUUAUUCUAUGUAGUAUUUUCAGAAGUGAUAAUAUAUAUCGUUUGUCUUUUCGAAAA